UUAGGGCUGAGCAGGAAGUGCCUGACUGUGGACCCUGGAAGGGAGAAAAGAGCACCGGAAAAAUGCAAAAGAAAUUAAAAACGGAAAUGGUGGAAGACUUGGGGGCGAGUAGACUCUAUCGGGCGCCGGGUGAAUCAAGUCACCAGCAGCCUCAGAGGUGGUUCAACGCGGCAGACAUCACAGUGGCUCACCAGAGCAGCCUGCUGAAGCAGCUGAACCAGCAGCGCCGCCAGGAGCUCUUCUGCGACUGCAACCUGCUGGUGGAGGGUCAGCUCUUCAGGGCCCACCGCAACGUCCUGUUUGCCAGCAGUGGAUACUUCCGCAUGCUGCUGUCCCAGGGGCCGGACGGGCUGGCUGACUCCGUUGAUGCCACUUUCGACGUCUUCAGCCCCGAGACCUUCACCGUCAUCCUGGAUUUCAUCUACUCCGGCCAGCUGGACCUCUCAAGCCACAACGUGAUCGAGGUGAUGUCAGCAGCAAGCUACUUACAGAUGAACAAUGUCAUCAACUUCUGCAAGAACUUCAUCAAAUCUUCCUUGGAGAUCAGUGUAAAGGAUGAAGACAGUGAGCGUUGCCUCAGCGUGUCUGAGACCUGCAGUUUCACCAGUGUAGCAGGGGAUGAGACAUUAGAGCAGCAGCAAGGCCCCAGCUCUGUCAGCCCACCCCCUGCGCUCUGGACCCGGGACAACUCCAGAUCACAAUCUAGCUUUAUAGGAAAAGACUUAGACCAGGAGUCGUCGGCCUCAGUGAUGAAGACUAACCCGAGCAGCCCUGCUGAUGAUCUCCAUGCAGAGUCAGAGGACCUGCAUGACCCUCAGGAUCCUCUGUACACCCUGCCUGGAUCAGAGCGCCGGAGAGGUAAAGGGGGGACUAAGAGGAAAGGGUCCAACAGCAAUCGCUCCAACCAACCUGCGGACCUAGACCUGCAGGAGGCCAGGACACAAAAGGCUGAGAAGGCAGAGGAGCUUUAUGCUACUCUGCCACCUAUUGUGGGUGUAAUUGGACACUUCAAUAGAGACUCAAACCCCAUUAUGCGCUUCAAAUGUCCCUUCUGCACACACACGGUGAAAAGGAAGGCAGACCUGAAGCGACACCUGCGCUGCCACACUGGAGAGAGGCCGUACCCCUGUCAGGCCUGCAAUAAACGUUUCACUCGCCUGGAGCAUCUUCGGAGCCAUUUCGAGACGAUCCAUCAAGCCAGGAAGCUGGUUUGCAGGAAAUGUAAGUGUCAGGUGACGGAGGACACUGGGCAUGUGGUGUGUGAGGGCUCACGACGAUACCGCAUGUGCACCGCAUGCAUCCAGGAAGUGGAUUGUGAUGACAUCCCCAUGGACAGUCUAGAUGGCGCCAAUGAGGAGCCGGCACUAUUGUUGGGAGUAGACGGGGAGGAGGAGGGGGACAGCAAGAGGAGCUGGAUGGUAACUGAUGACGAUGACCUGGCUGAAGACUCGGGGGCCGACCUCAUCAUCCAACAAGUGGACGACAGUGACGAGGAGCUGGAGUGAAAUAUAGUGUGUGUGUGUGUGUGUGUGUGUGUGUGUGUGUGUGUGUGUGUGUGUGUGUGUGUGUGUGUGUGUGUGUGUGUGUGGGUGUGUGUGUGUGUGUGUGUGUGUGGUGUGUGGUGUGUGCGCGUGUGCGUGUGCGUGUGCGUGCAUGUGCUGAAGCCAUGCAGGAGAAUUUAUGAAUAACAUGUGAUCCAGUAAUGUAAAUACAUACAUUUAUGAUAUAUUAGUUAUAUAUAUACGUCUAUUAGUUAAAUGCAACCGGUUAAUGGUUACUUUAAAUGAGAAGUUGACCUUAGUGACAAAUGGAAUGCUUUUUGUUAAACUUCAUAAAUAUAUGCAGUAUCCAAAGCAUGCAUUGUCAGUGUUUCCUUUGCCUCUAUUAUUGUUAAAUAAUAACUCUUUCAAUAAUUUUUUCAUAUGCAUGUUAAAACACAUGCUACUUUUCGAGUCUUUCUGCUUUGAUAAAUGCUGGCGUUUGAACAAAACAAAGUGACAUGUUAUGACUCUACUGCUGUUUUCCUGCUCACUGUAGGGAAAAUCAACAGCAGACUUUUCUUUCCCUCCCAAUGUCACAAAGUUUUUCUAUGAUCAUUUUUGAUUAUGAUAUGCACUAUGGUAUAAAACCAAUUAUAAUGUAUUUGUCUGUUUCUUUUUACUUUUUGACACAUUAAAGAUAUUUUUAUACAA